UAUUUAAGGAAACAAACAACGUUUACAUUUCAUUCCUUCUAACUUCUAUAUUAUUGCUGGAAAGUAUUUAAUAUUAAAGCGACCUUGGAUUUACUCCGCCUAAAACGUUUGUGAUCAAUGAAAGGUGACGACGCCGUCUCAACUACAACGACAACGACGACUGCCACCGCAUUUCUUCGUAGCAUAUAAACAUAAAACGAGCAGCGAUAUUUGCGGCACGGCGUUUACCUGAGUCUGGCGCUUUGUUUGUUUGGUAAACAUCAUAGAAUUGGGGCAGUGCAAGAAAGACUGUAGGGUAUACCACAUGCACCGCUCACCUGUCCCCGCUCAUUGCAACCACUGCCAGUCCAAGCAAUCGAAAAUACCAAAACAAAACUGUAAAUGAAAGCAGAACUCGACAGCAGCAACAACAGCAACAAUAACAUCUGGCGAUGCAAUUAAAAGCGCCAAAGAGCAGGAAUAUGGCCAGUCUCAAUGAUGAUGAACCAGCAGCCAACAACCGACGAAACAACAACAACAACAACAACAACAACAACAACAACAACAACAACAACAACAACAACCACAACAGCAGCAGCAACAAUAACAACAAUAGCAACUUCAAUAAUAAUAAUAGUUCGAGUAGCAAUCCCAGCCCGAGUACUAAUAACAAUAAUAAUAAUAAUGACAAUGAGGAUGCGACAAGCAAGCGGGAGUCAUUGGAAGCACGCAAACAGACUUUGGAGCAGCGCUUGAACGAAAAGAGUUGGCUGUUGCAGCAAAUACAAAAGCAGGAGACGGCGAUUAUGCAUGGCAACUAUGAACAGUUGACGAUCAAUGAAUUUUUCGCCCAGCUGGCACAGCAGUACAAGCAUGAGCAGCAAUUGCAGGCGUUGGCUAAGGACAGUGGCGCUCUGCUGCGACGUAAACAGAGCACGAGCAGCCGGAGUGAGGGCCAGCCGGUUAGCAGUCAAACUUAUAGCACCAACAGCAACAACAAUCGCCAAUCGCACUCGGAAACACACUCUAAUCGCAGCUCGGAGUACGAUAACUAUCAGCCGGCUGGCUCCAAUGGUGAUAUGCUGGUCAUAGGCGUUGCUCAGCAUCAGUCGCUGCAGCAUCCGCACGUAAAAAGCGCUUUGAAGAAGCGACCGACACCCACACCUACUGCUCAGAUACAAAUGCAAUAUAUUGCACAACGACAGCAGCAGCAGCAGCAGAUACCCCAGCAGCAAAUACCACAGCAACUGCACCACCACAUGGAGGGCUAUUCCCCACAGCAUGGCAGCUAUCUGCAGCAGCAGCAACUGCAACAGCCAAAGCAACGCGUCCAGGGCCAAAAGGACGUUAUAUCUAUGUACUCGGCCAACUCGGCCAAUGUGGCUACCUUGCGGCAGCAGCAUGUGGCGCCGCAGCAACAGCCCAUUAUCGUGCAGUGCGACAAGUAUUAUCUGUCGCCGACGCAUCAGAACUAUAGUGAGGGCGGCUUCAUCAAGUCGAGUCAGAAUAUAAAGAAGUAUGUGUCGCCGCUCGCCUCGCCGAGUGCUAUUAGCUACGAGCAGAGCUCGUUGCAUCAUCAUCGCCAGAUUGAUGCCAUCUCUCUGGCGCCCAGCUAUAUGUCUGUGGAGGUGGAGAGCGUGGAGAGGCUGGAGAGGGUGCAGCAGCAACAACAGCAGCAGCAGCAGUAUCGCUGGCGUUCACAGUCCCACAUUGCAGCACUGACUCCACCCCAUCCACAUCCCAAUCAGAGCAUGACUGCAGCGCUAGCUGCCGAGCCAAAGUCGCAUUCCAGCGAUAUGUUAGCAGCGCCGCUGCCGCGCUUCGCCAGCAAACCGAAGCCCCUGGAUGAGAUAUCGUUGUGCUCAACGACGACAAUUGAAAAGAAGGCGAAGCCUAAGCAGUGGCUGGAGUCAUCACUCGACGGGCCCGCAGUCCUGCGUCAAACCGACUCCACAUCGCACAGUCCCGUCAGCAGUAGCGGCAGUGGAACCGUCGGCGCUACCGCGGCCGUCAGUAAGCAUCGAACGAAGUUGUCCUCACAGUCCAUGUCGGUCUCUGGCCGCCACUAUUCCAUGUCGGCUCAGCGAGGAGCUCACAAUUAUGCGCCUAAUAACUAUCCGGCUGUUGGCAGCUCUAAGGCUCUGCAGCAUGUGGAUGAAAGAUUUGCAAAACUGAGUCAGUCCACUUCCUAUCUGAACGCCAUGGAUCAGACAGUGGGCAUAUCAGCAUCCUAUGCACUCGAACCACUCGAAAUACCGCCAUUCAGGCAUCUGCCACCCAAGCCAAAUCAAAACAAGCAGCCUUCGCCGCCGCCCAGGCCACCGCCAGUUGGCAACAACAACAAUAACAAUAAUAUUAGUACUAGCAACUGUGGAAAUUCUUUGCAGAGUGCUAUGGCAUCGCCGCCCCUGACUGUUGGCACUGGCACAGCUGCUCCUAGCCUGUCCCCCGAGAUUCGUAUCGAGUCCCCCAAAAAUAUGACUGUGGUGCAGCAGGCCACGUUUCAACCAUACAAGGAGGUCAUCAAACCUUUCGAAAUGUCCGACUUUUACAAGUAUUCGACCAAGUUUAAGCAGAAAGAUGGCGGCCGACCUGAAUGAGAAGAGCUUCGAGCCGAACAUUUCUGCUUUUCUCAUUAGGAUAUUUGUAUAGUUUUUUGUUAUUAUCUAAACAUAUAAACAUAUUUGAUAUCUUUUCGACUGACAGUACCAAUAGGAAAUUCAGGCUUCUUCGCGUUUCUCGUUUGCGGUUAGCGCAAAUUUAACGAGUUAGAGCUUCGACUGAAAAACAUAAACAUUCGAAUACCAAUCAAUAUGUUAAAAAUGAUUGCGAUGACUGCUCAAAAAUGGACGAAUGGAAUGGGUAUCCAUAUCAAAACCCAAUUGACAAUAUGAAACGAACAAAUUUGUAUAUUGACUCUACGCCUUCGUAAAUUGCCUUUUUCAAAAGUUUUUAUACUCU